GUGACCUACAUUAACCGAUGAUUAUUCUCAACAAACCACAAAGACAUUGGCACCCUAUACCUAAUCUUUGGAGCAUGAGCCGGCAUAGUCGGAACUGCCCUCAGCCUACUUAUCCGAGCAGAACUUGGGCAACCAGGAACUCUCCUAGGAGAUGACCAAAUCUACAACGUCAUUGUAACUGCUCACGCUUUCGUCAUAAUCUUCUUCAUAGUCAUGCCUAUCAUAAUCGGAGGAUUUGGAAACUGACUAGUACCCCUCAUAAUCGGUGCACCCGACAUAGCAUUCCCCCGAAUAAACAACAUAAGCUUCUGAUUACUUCCUCCAUCAUUCCUACUCCUCCUAGCCUCCUCAACAGUAGAAGCAGGAGCAGGAACAGGCUGAACCGUAUACCCUCCCCUAGCAGGUAACUUAGCUCACGCAGGAGCAUCAGUAGACCUCGCCAUCUUCUCCCUCCACCUAGCAGGUGUCUCCUCCAUCCUAGGUGCAAUUAACUUCAUCACCACCGCUAUCAACAUAAAACCCCCUGCCCUUUCACAAUAUCAAACACCCCUAUUCGUAUGAUCCGUCCUCAUCACCGCCGUCCUACUACUCCUCUCCCUCCCCGUUCUUGCCGCCGGCAUUACUAUACUCUUAACUGACCGCAACCUAAACACCACAUUCUUCGACCCAGCUGGAGGAGGAGACCCAAUCCUAUACCAACACCUAUUCUGAUUCUUUGGCCACCCGGAGGUCUACAUCCUAAUCCUACCCGGCUUCGGAAUCAUCUCACAUGUAGUAGCAUACUACGCGGGUAAAAAAGAACCAUUCGGCUACAUAGGCAUAGUAUGAGCCAUGUUAUCAAUCGGAUUCCUAGGCUUCAUCGUAUGAGCCCACCACAUAUUUACCGUAGGAAUAGACGUAGACACUCGAGCCUACUUUACAUCCGCCACCAUAAUCAUUGCCAUUCCUAUCGGAAUCAAAGUCUUCAGCUGACUAGCAACCUUACACGGUGGGACAAUUAAAUGAGACCCACCUAUGCUAUGAGCCCUAGGCUUUAUCUUCCUAUUUACUAUUGGAGGCCUAACCGGCAUCAUUCUAGCAAACUCCUCCCUAGACAUUGCCCUACACGAUACAUACUACGUAGUAGCACACUUCCACUACGUACUCUCGAUGGGAGCCGUCUUUGCCAUUCUAGCCGGAUUCACUCACUGAUUCCCCCUAUUCACAGGCUACACCCUCCACCAAACAUGAUCCAAAGCUCACUUCGGAGUCAUAUUUGCAGGAGUCAACUUAACCUUCUUCCCUCAGCACUUCCUAGGCCUUGCCGGAAUACCACGCCGAUACUCAGACUAUCCUGAUGCCUAUACCCUAUGAAACACCCUAUCCUCCAUCGGCUCCCUAAUCUCAAUGACCGCCGUUAUCAUACUAAUAUUCAUCAUCUGAGAAGCAUUCGCAUCUAAACGUAAAGUUCUACAACCAGAACUUACCGCUACAAACAUCGAAUGAAUCCACGGCUGCCCACCUCCAUACCACACAUUCGAAGAACCCGCUUUCGUACAAAUCCAAGAAAGG